AUGGAUCGCUUCUUCGCCCCAAACACUUCAGAGGCAUUGGCCCACACCCAUUUAACUGAAAAUUGGUUCACCUGGGACCAAGAUCAUCCUUCAUUCAACGAAACCCUCGUUGCAGGAUGUGCAUCCUACCAAGCAUUCACGCGUUACCUCUCAGGUUCUGACCUAUUCAUCGUACCUCGGUCUCGUCGCGAACUUGAAGGUGUUUUGCGACGUUACGCGUAUGAUAGCAUACACAAUGCCAUAGCGGUAUCACGGCAAACCCUUCAAAGAGGUGGAUAUAGCCGAACGUGUUCCCUCGCAGAAAAGUCAAUUCGUGACGUCCUGAAUACGAAUGACAAUGCAACUGUCCUACUCAAUUUGCAUAUGCCGCAACCCGAGACGUUCACAGGAACGGACGUGUCCCUACCUAAUUCAAAUACCCGCAUCAGGACUUGAUGUCGUUUUCCUCGCAUCAGAUCGUUUCGUUCAACGGUUUAUCCACGGCUCCCCACUGAUAUUUUUUCCACUGUGGCUUGUUGGGAUCUUUGUUUUCGUUAUCCUCUCGAUCUCGUUAUCUAUACUCGCAUCUGUAAUACUCCCCACAACGAAUCACCUUUACGCAUUCUGUAUGUACUACUGCAAUUCAAUCAUCCAUUGAUUCAAUUCAU